AUGACCCAAUUUGGUCAAGUUCUCACAUUUUCUUUGAAUCAAGCUGAACAAAAGGGAUUAAUAUCUGGCUUCCCUAUCUCUAGAGGCUCUCUAUCAGUUAAUCAUCUCUUCUUUGCAGAUGAUAGCCUGGUAUUUUGCAAAGCUCAGUUGCAGGAAUGGGGCGGGCUACAUAACAUCCUCUCGUCUUAUGAAUUAGCUUCAGGUCAAAGGCUAAAUCUUGAGAAAUCCUCUAUCUAUUUUAGCAAGAACACAAGGCAAGAGAUCCAAGACUCCAUCCUGGCUGCAGCUGGUUUCAAAGUGUCGGGGCCUUUUGAAAAAUAUUUGGGGUUACCUUCUCACAUUGGCAAGAGCAAAUCAAGGGCCUUUCUUCCCAUUAUUGACAGAAUAAAAGGACAAAUGACAAAUUGGAAAACAAAUCUGCUUUCUCCAGCUGGCAAGGAAGUAUUGCUGAAAUCAGUUAUUCAAUCCAUUCCCACUUACAGCAUGGGUAUCUUUCUAAUUCCCAAGGGCAUCCUAAGGAACAUUAAUAAGCUACUACAGUCAUUUUGGUGGGGAAUUAGAAACCAGAAUCCUAAAAUGCACUGGCUAAGUUGGAAGGGUCUUGGAAUGGGUAAACAGGCUGGCGGUUUGGGAUUUCGUGACUUUGAAGACUUCAAUAGAGCUCUAUUAGCAAAGCAAGGGUGGAGAAUCAUCACCAAUCCCCAAUCCUUGGCCUCUAGAGUUCUAAAAGCUAAAUACUUUCCAUCAAGUGACUUUGCCUCAGCAAGAGUUAAAAGAAAGGACUCUUUUGUGUGGAAGAGUAUUACAACAGCAAGGCCAUUACUAUAUGAAGGCCUUCUUUGGAAGAUAGGCAAUGGAAACACAGUGAAGAUAUGGACAGAUCGAUGGCUGCCUACCCCUUCAUCUUACAAAUCCCAGUCUCCUCCAAAGAUUCUCAACUCAAAUGCCACGGUUAGCUCUCUCAUCGACCAAGACACCCAUUCUUGGAAUUUACACCUGGUUCAUAAUGUAUUCACUCCUGAGGAGGCUGCCAUCAUUUCCAAAAUUCACAUUAGUCCCUGCAACAGGAGUGACAAACAAGUUUGGAGAUGUACUAAGAAUGGUAUAUUCUCAGUAAAAUCAGCAUACCAUCUUCAAGUCUCUAUGAAUGGGAUCAAUAAGGGGCAAUCAUCAGAAUCGACCAAACAUGAGGACCUAUGGAAACUGUUAUGGAAGCUAAAGGUGCCAAGCAAUAUCAAAAUGUUUCUCUGGAGAUCAGCAAAGGAAAUCCUUCCCACCAGAGUUAACUUACACAAAAGGAAGAUCAUUGAAAAUCCCAUGUGUCCUAUUUGCUUAACUCUACCAGAAACUGUUUCUCAUGCUCUUUGGACAUGUAAGGCAGCCCAGGAUGUUUGGUGCAGUAGCUCAAGAAGACUUCAGAAAAGUAGGACUGAGGACAUACCCUUCUUUGACUUGUUAAAAGAGCUUCUAGCCACCCUACCACCAGAGGAUCUCACUAAGCUAGCUCUCACAGCAAAAGAAAUCUGGUUUAGAAGAAACAAACUCAUUUUUGAAUCCAGAUUCGAGUCACCUCAACAGGUACUAUAUCGUGUGUCCAAUUGCAUGAGAGAUUUGGAGGAGCUAACAAGGAACCAACAAAAGCACUUUAAUCAGCAUCAACCUCCAGCCAAGUGGUGCAAACCUCCAACCAAUUUCUAUAAAAUAAAUUGGGACGCAGCCAUAGACAAGGUCAACUGCAAGGUGGGCAUUGGGGUGUCUAUCAGAGAUUGGUCAGGUCCAUUCACAGCAACUCUGAGGAGCCCUAGCAACUCUUUUCCUGAUCCCACUCUAGGAGAAGCACUAGCUACAUUACGAGCUGUGCAAUUUGGAACUGAAAUGGGAUUACGAAACGUCAUUUUCGAAGGGGACUCACUCCUAGUGGUGAAUGGCAUAAACAGUCUAGCUGAAGAUUGGAGCUCGGAGGGGCUAAUUUAUCAAGACAUCAAGCUACUUCUAAGCAAUUAUUCUUCAUGCCAUUUCAGCCAGUUUCUUCUAGUUUCUUCCAUGGCUUUCAAGAACACUUCCCAUGCUGCUCAGUGGGGCUCGUGCUUUGCUAGCUUGUUUGAGUCCUUUAGGACUUCUAGGGGAAUGGACCCUCCAGAGGUGCAGGAGGAGAUCAACCCAGAGCACCCGAACCUUCCUGCUCGAGAAUUCCUCUUCACCCACAGCCUGCUAAAGUAG